AUGGCUGUGGUCGGCAGCGACGAUUAUGCUCCAACCACCGGAGCCCACGGCGCCAGCGUGCGCCUCCUCAGCUACAGACUCCCCACGGCCACGCCGCAACUCACCGAGCACCUCCUCCUCGACGGCAAGCCGCAGCAGAGCGCGCACUGCCUCGGAGAAGGAGAGCUCCCCUCCUUCUGGAGCCGCCGGAAGCCCAGCGACGACGACCACAAGCCGUCCGGCGGCCGCGUCGACUGGGCCUCGGUCUGCGGGACGUGCAAGGAGUGGAUCGCGAACCCGAUGAACAUCGCGCUGGUGCUGUGGCUGCUCUGCGUCGGCGUUUCCGGCGGCAUGUUCGUGCUCCUCCUCCUCGGCCUGCUCGACGGCGCGUUCCCGGCGGCGGCGGACAGGAACCGCUGGAUCGAGAUCAACAACCAGGUCCUCAACGCGCUCUUCACGCUCAUGAGCCUGUACCAGCACCCCGCCCUCUGCCACCACCUCUUCCUGCUCUGCCGCUGGCGCCCCGCCGACGCCGCCGAGCUCCGCGCCGACUACUGCAAGGACGGAGCCGCCGCGGCGCCGCGCCCUGGGGACCGCGCGCACAUCGCCGCCGUCGUCGUGCUGCUGCACGUCACCGUGGUCUCCCAGUACGUUCUCUGCGGCCUCUACUGGGGGUACACCAGGAGCACGCGCCCGGAGAUCCUCGAGGACAGCUUCUUCGUGCUUGGCAUCGUCGCGCCGGUCGCUGCCGCGGUGUACACCGUGUGCAGUCCGUUGGGCAAAGGCGACCGGUGCCACGAGCUCGCCGCCUGCUCCGGUCCAGCCUCGGCAGCAUCGGCGGCGGCGACAAAGACGACGCAGCCCACCACGCCCAUUGUUGGUCAUGUCGUGGUGGAGCCGGAGUGGGCCGGCGGCAUGUUCGACUGCGGCGGCGGCGGCGGCGACGCGGCAGCGGCGACCGGGUGCCUCUCGCUGUCGUGCACGUUCUGCGUGUUCGGGUGGAACAUGGAGAGACUGGGGUUCGGCAACGCGUGCGUGCACGCCGUCACGUUCGCGCUCCUCUGCUUCGCGCCGCUCUGGGUGUUCGGCGUCUCGGCGCUGCACAUCCACAACGUCGUCAUCGGCGACGCCGUGGGCGGCGCCGGCGUGCUGCUCUGCGUGGGCGGCCUGCUCUACGGCGGGUACUGGAGGAUCCAGAUGCGGAGACGGUUCGGGCUCCCCGGGAGCGCGGCGUGCUGCGGCUCCAAGUCGCUGACGGACUACGCGCGGUGGCUGUUCUGCUGGCCAUGCGCGCUGGCGCAGGAGGUCCGCACGGCGAGCAUGUACCACGUCGACGGCGAGGUCUUCUACUUGAAGGACGUUGAGGACGACGAUGAUCACGCCGACAGCGGCCAGCCGUUGCUCGCGGUGUCCAAGCAUCUUGACGUUUUCAGUGCAGCGGACACGGUUUCAGUGUCACAGGCGUCACCGGCAAAUGAUCAUCUGGUUGUUGUUCAUGACGAAACGACCAUGGCUGCACCUGUUCAGGUCGUGGUCGUGCAAGUGGAAGAUGAGGGCAGUGUUGUUCGUCAUGGGGAGACGAGCGGUUCUUCUGUUUCGUCAUCGGCGACGGCGAGCGAGGAAGAUGAUGUAUCUCUUUUGGAGGCGAAGUCGAACCGAGAAACUUUGGAAGAUGAUGAUCUUAGUAUGUCGUCUGAUGAGAGUUGGAGGGUGGAGAAGGUGAAGAGACUGAUCAACAUGGUCACCCUGGUGUCUCUGCUCAUUCUUUUGUACACACGGGGGAUUCUUCUGUAG